CUCGCAGAAUGAGGCGACCUCUUCCAUAGAGAAGCAAAUGAAAAAGUUGUAAAAAUCAUUGGUUGUUUCGAGUUUGUGGAACAAUUCUUUUGCUGUGUUUCCACUACUAAAAUCUUAGAUGAACCUAACUAGUUCUUACCUGAGCAAGAACUCAAACACCCGACGGCUUAAGUAGCAACAUAGCACAUCGCGCGUCCAAAGAGACGCCUUUGAUUCGUUCGUUGAUGUGAACAAGCUGGCGGGUUCAUAACAAACAAGCAUCGGAACACUUUUUUCCUCCCGUCGUCGCCACACACUAUGGACGGUCAUAUCAACAUAGAUCAUCAUCAUCAACCAACGGCAACGGUGCAAGAUGCGGCCGAUGGGCGCGGCACACGGAAACGCUGGCAGAAAAUGCCCACAGACGCGAACAGCUCUCCACAUCCGUCCUAUGGGACAACCGAUUCCAUCCCGCAAGUGACAAUACGUGAUACCAGCAGCCGUGGACGGGCUGGCACAUCUAGGGGCCCGCCUGGAAAUUCCUCCCGACAGCGGCAACAGCAGCAGGAACAGGAACAGGCGUUGAACGAAGAGGAAGGACUGAAAUAUGGUGCGCAGCAUGUGAUAAAACUGUUCGUUCCAGUAACCCUCUGCAUGAUGGUCGUUGUGGCCACGAUUAGUUCGAUCAACUUUUAUACGAUCAAGGAUGUGUAUCUCGUUUACACACCGUUCCACGAACUGACCGACGACACAGGCACCAAAAUAUGGAAUGCACUAGCGAACUCGUUGAUCCUGAUGACGGUGAUUGUAAUCAUGACGAUUUUGCUCAUCGUCCUGUACAAACACCGCUGCUACAAGGUCAUCCACGGUUGGCUAAUUCUGUCGUCCCUGCUGCUGCUGUUUCUGUUUAGUGGCCUUUACCUGUUUGAAAUUUUGCGUGCGUACAAUGUACCCAUGGAUUGGUUUACGGCGGGACUGCUGGUUUGGAAUUUUGGUGUUGUAGGCAUGAUCUCAAUCCAUUGGCAGGGCCCGUUACGAUUGCAGCAAGGAUAUCUCAUUUUUGUGGCUGCACUUAUGGCACUGGUAUUUAUCAAGUAUCUUCCAGAAUGGACAACAUGGGCUGUUCUAGCUGUGAUAUCAAUUUGGGAUCUUAUUGCCGUACUUACCCCAAAGGGACCGUUGCGUAUCUUGGUUGAAACGGCACAGGAGCGAAACGAACAGAUCUUCCCAGCGCUUAUCUAUUCAUCAACUAUCAUGUAUUCCUACCUCGGCACGCAUACGGAUUCGGACGGUCCAGCACCUUUGUCCGGUGAACGGACUAUUGGUACGGGUGGAGGUGGUGGCGGCACCGGGGGAGGAAACCGACCGACCGGUGGCUAUGGAGCAGUUAACAGUCACGUUCCGUCGCAAACCGGAGCAACCGUAGAAGGUAUGCCACUGGUUGCCAUUCGCAAUGAUAGAACGCAUGAAUUACCAAGGGAUCAAUCGGCAGGUUUCACUCAGGAUUGGGCGGCAACGGCCAAUCAAAGAGUAACGCGGCGGCAAAUUGAAGUACAGGCCAAUAUGGCCAACAAUCCGUCCCGGCCGGAGUACCGCACGGUCACCGCAGAAACAUCCCGUACCGGAGCAGAUCAGCCAAACGCAUUAUACGAUCAAGCGGAAGAAAGAGGUAUUAAACUUGGCCUAGGAGACUUUAUUUUCUAUUCCGUGCUGGUGGGCAAAGCGUCGAGUUACGGCGAUUGGAACACGACAAUAGCAUGUUUUGUAGCAAUCCUGGUGGGUCUCUGUCUGACGCUGCUACUGUUGGCCAUCUUUCGCAAAGCACUACCCGCACUACCGAUAUCUAUAUUCUUCGGACUUAUCUUCUGCUUCGUGACCAGCGUUAUCGUGAAACCGUUCACGGAAGCACUAACGCUGGAACAGGUGUUUAUUUAGUUAUGGCAGUGGCGUGCUAGCAAAACGUUUUAGAACGGCUGGAUGGAUGAUGAACCAUGCAAAACAACCAUGGUUGCCAUCCCACCGAGCUGUGUGUUUCCAGCAUAUCUAGGUCGGUUUAUUUAUAUCAUCAUAUUUUAAUGUGUAAUCAAGCGAGAGAAGCACCAAAACGCGCACUAGGACUAACAAAAGCGAAGAACGAACAUUAACCUGCGCGUGUGUGCGUAACAGUCCAUAAUGCUUGAGGCGAGAAUGCAGAAUUUACAUGCGUUGCUUAGAUUUUAUCAUUGUGCAAUUGUGUAUUCCGUACAUCACACACACACUCAUACGUAAGUGUUCGAUUGAUAGAUAAAUGUAUCCUAUCUGAAUGUGUGGACAAAAUCCUGCUCUGCCCUCCGUAGGUAAAAGCAACCCAUAUAUUAUUCCUACUUUAACACAGGGGGGAAUACUUUGCAUUUCUUCUCAAAUGCUCGAUUCGGUGUUAACUAAUGUCGCUAUGUCGUCCGGUAGGGUGUGUUUUCUUCCCGAAUCACGGGCAUUGCAGUGCAGGAGAUACAUUUGGAGCAGGGCAUUCUGGACGAAGCGAAUUGACUGCGUAAAUGAAAUUUGUACCAUUUUAAGACCGGAAUGUAAUCGUUAUGCUAUUUCUUUUCUUUACAUAAUAUACAAUUAUAAAAUAAUAA